AUGGGGCCCACGGCCAGCCCUACAGCCACCCCGCAGCGAGCCCCACGGACGGCCCACAGCUACCCUCGGCAGCCGCACAGAGAACCACAGAGAACCCCACAGACACCCUCGGCAGUCCCACAGAGAACCCCACGGCCACCCUCGGCAGUCCCACAGACAACCCCACGGACACCCUCGGCAGUCCCACAGAGAACCCCACAGACACCCUCGGCAGUCCCACAGAGAACCCCACGGCCACCCCACGGCUACCCCCGGCAGCCCCACGGCCACCACCGCGGGGGCCACACAGCGGUCUACCCCCGGCCCAGGGUGACCUCCAGAGCCCCGGUGCCCGUACCCCGGGGCUGGUGGCAGCGGGUGGCGGGGAACCGGGGGCUCAUGGGGGUGCCCUGGGGCCGGGGACCCAUGUCCCCCACCCUGCGCCACCCAGCUGGGGCCAGCCAGAGCCCCGACACGGCGGGGGUUACCGGGAAGCUCCCUGGCAUCGGCGACGGCACCUUUCCCGCCGUUACGCCGUGCCGUGCUGGGGUGGGGAGGCAUCGGGAAUCCCCAGCACCCCACAGACCAGCACCCUCCGUCAACGGCAGGGUCUCGGGUCCCCCCUUGGCGAGUACUGCCUGGAGCCGGUGGGGUUCCCCACACGGUUUCACUUCCCCCCCGUGGCGUGUGCCCGAGGGCCGCCUCGCCGGGGCUGGGCGGCAGAUUCCGGAGGCGCUGGCGGCAGCCGGGGCCGUGCCGUGCCGCCGCUGCCGGGCGCAGGUGCCGGGGCGGGUGCCCUCCCUCGGGGACGGCUCGGGUUUCUGGGCCCCGCCGGGGGCUGCUGGGCUGGCACCAGAUGCUCCAGCCCCACCGGGGCUUUGUUCGGAGCAGUUUCCUUUUGGCUCAGCCGUGCCGCCCUCCCCUUGGCACCAGGCCCGCUGUGCGGGGGGAGCCCGCGGCACAACCCCAGCCUCUGCCGGCACCCCCAGCCACAAGCGACCUGGCUGCGGCUCCCACGCAGCUCAUCUGUCCCGGUCCCUGGCGCGCUUGGGGACAGGCAGGAGCAGCCCUGAGGGGGCUGAGGAGCGGUGCCCCCUCCUCUCCAGGCUGGAGCAGCCUCGGUCCCCAGCCCAGGAGUGCGGGGGGAGCCCCAGCAGCCUGCGCUCGGCCCUGCCAGCAAUCGCCCCCACGGCCUCCACUCAGGGUGCCAUCGCUGGGCCCUGCCGCUGCCAGGCCACGCUGAGGGUCAGCGUCCGCCUGGUCCCUGCCCUCGCCGAGGAGGGGAGCCGGCAGGUCCUGCGGCAGCUCCGUGUCGACUGGCCCUCCGGCUCCGGUGGCUCGGCCCUCCCUGACACCGUCUCGGCCUUGAAGCGGGCGCUGGGCCGGUCACCCUGUGCCACAGCUUGUGAGCAGGGGCCAGGCGCAGCUGCGCUGCCUGAGGAUGUCAUCUGUAAAGUGCACUUGAAGAGCUUUGUGGAGCAGCAGGGCUUGGUGGGCUACGACCCCAAUCUAGAUGUCCUUCUGGUGACGGAGGGGAAGCUGCGGUCCCUGGCUGAGCUGCAGCAAGCUGUUCUGCAGUGUGCGGCUGGAGGCCAGGGGAGCUGCUGCAGCAUUGUGCAUGUGGUCAGCUGCGAGGAGGAAUUCCGGCAGCAGCAGUUGGACCUGCUCUGGAGGAUUUUGGACCCAGGAGCCCACACAGCUUUGCAGAAACACCUGGUCUGUGGGCCAGUGAAGGUGACAAACCCCUCAUCACCCAUUGGGGCAGACCAGUACUUCCAGCUCCGAAAACGCCAGAUGUACGAAGCCUCCGUGAUGAAGUAUGGGGAGCUUGCGCAAGAUGAGGCCUGGACUGAGGUGAUUGAUACCCUCACAGUGGCUGCCAUCAGGUUUGAGAUGCUGAGCACUGCUCACCGGAGUCAGAUCACCCUGGACCUGGAGGACAGCAGCAUCUCCACAAAGGGAACCAAGAGCGGCGCCUUUGUGAUGUACAACUGUGCCCGGCUGGCCACGCUCUUUGACACCUACCAGCGGGCUGUGGAGCGGGGAACAUACCCAGCUCUGCCACCAGUGUCAGAACUGAACUUCUCCUGCCUCCGGGAAGAGGGCGAAUGGCUCCUGCUCUUCAACUAUCUCCUGCCCUUCCCUGAAGUCCUGCAGCAGGCAGCAGAGCUGCCCACACCCACCAAGGGGAUCCGGAUCACAGCCAACACAGAGACAGUGUGCAAGUUCCUGAUACAGCUCAGCAUGGAUUUCAGCUCUUACUACAACCGGGUCCACGUCCUGGGGGAGCCAUUCCCUCACCUUUUUGACCAGAUGUUUGCCCGCCUCCAGCUGCUGGGAGCAGUGAGGGACAUGUUCCACAGCGCACUGGCAACUCUGCACCUCCCUCCUCUCAGCCAAAUCUGAGCCACCGCCAAAGAGCCUGCCAUGGUGUGACGGGCACCAGGACAGUGCGCCACCAGAGGAAGGACAGGCCACAACCUCCCUGGCAGGGUGAGGGGCUGCCCCACCAUCAGGCAGGGAGUCAGGGCAUGCCUCAGCCCUCACACAGGUGCUUCCCCUCCCACCACUCGUGGGGUUUGAGGGUUUGGCUAUGUGCACCUGCGGCUGUGCCCAGCGUGGGAGAUGGGUGCACCUGCCACAUCGAUGCCAGCAGAAGGGAGGAUGCCUGUGGCACCCUGUGAGCCAGGCUGGGGAGUACCAGGGGA